CAUACUUGCAUGUACCAUUACAUUCAUUGCACUGUUCAUGAGAUGGUGGUUCACGUACUGGUCGCGACACGGUGUACCAGGGCCAAACUUCAUGGAGUACGAGCUGUUUUACUCCAUACACCACCACUACAUCUUAAAAGCCGUACAAAAAUAUGGCCGCAUUUAUGGCACAUACUUAGGGACGGGUAGGUCGCUGGUGGUGAACGAGCCCGACCUGAUCCGGGACAUAAUGGUCAAGGAUUUCCGCGUAUUCGCCGACCACAAGCACAUACACAACGGCUCGACAAAGAUCGCCAAAGAUUUGUAUUUAAUGCACGGAAACGACGACUGGAAACGGGUUCGCUCGGCAGUCACGCCGGCGUUCACGUCGAGUAAAAUGCGGGCAAUGAUGGACUCAAUCGGCGAUAUUUUCGACACGUUUUGCGAUAAUUUGAGAAAAUUUCAGACAAAAGGUGAAACAAUAGACAUACGAGAAUACAUGGGUGCUUUAACUAUGGACGUGAUCUGCCGUUGCGCCUACGGUAUAAACCCGGAGUCCAUUCACAAUCCUAAUCAUCCCAUUGUGACGAACGCAAAGAAAAUACUUACGGUGGACGCCAGUAUGAACAUGGUCACGUCGGUGUUAGCACCAGGGUUGGCCAAAAUGCUCAACUUAGAGCUAUUUGAUAAGAAUGCUCUCACGUAUUUCGAUAAACUCACCAACCAAAUUUUGACACAAAGAAAAACCAUUAAUAACAUCGCCGAUAAAUACUCGGAAAUGGCUGACAAUGACAUCGGUUACCACUCCUUGAGCGAUGGGGAACGGGAUGUGUCGCCUGAAUCCAUGUCCAAAAGGCCUACGAGUCAGCUCACGCCGGACGAGAUGACCGCUCAGGGCGUAUCGUUUUUUAUUGGUGGCUACAACUCCACCAGUACUGCCCUAACCCACGCCAUAUACUACCUGUCCCUUCACCCGGAGUGUCAACAGAAACUGUACUCUGAGUUGAAAACGUGCGACGAGUAUACGUACGAAACGUUGGGUCUCUUGAAGUACUUGAAUGCAGUGAUCAAUGAGACCCUACGUCUGGCCCCAUCCCUAACCCGUAUACAACGGGAAUGCCUAAUGGAUUACAAACUGGGAAAUACCGGCAUAACUAUACCAAAGGGCACGUGCGUCGAGAUAUACCCCUAUACCCUACACCGGGAUCCGGACUAUUGGCCCAACCCUAACGACUUCCUACCCGACCGGUGGUUUGAGUCGACACACCAUCCCUACGCGUACGUACCGUUUGGUGGAGGACCCCGACAGUGCAUUGGACAACGUUUUGCUAUUACCGAGAUGCAAAUGUGUUUGGCCAAACUCAUUCGCAAAUUCGAGUUUAGCCUGGCUCAAACGUCAAAGUUGGACUAUUUCGUUUGCAACGCAUUAAUGUCGCCUAAAAAAUUACUAGUUCAAUUAGCACUUAGAAGCUAGAUACAUGCUUGAUGAGAUUAUCGAUUAAUAAGGAUGCAUAAAAUUUAUAUUAAAUAUUUAAUAUUAUUUAGUAAAAUAACUGAGCACUAGUGAGCAGUCUGUCCACAACCUUAAGUCUUUGAGUUUGUCUCCGGCACUGGCUGUAUGCCAAUGCCCGGCCCUAUUUUAUGUAACAUUUAUGAUACAUUUAUAAUCAAUAAACUGUUUGCAUUUAA